AUGCCACCAAAACGAAAGGCAAAUUCAGAAGCUCCUGUUUCUAAAUCUAAACCAACUGGAUCUAAAACUGAAAUUAAUCAAGAAGAAAGUUCAUCAAAGAAAGCUAAACCAGGAUUCCAAAAGAUCGUACCUGAUGUUACUAAAGAAGAGUUUUUAGAAGUAAAUCAUCCCAUCGAAUUUACGAUGAACAAUAAUGGAGAAGAACAAGUUAUAAAGGUCAAAGCUUCUGAAUUUAGUACUGGUAGUUUCGGUUGGAAAACUUCAGAAAGAGUUAAAAUCAAAAUCAAGGUUGAUGGAGUAGAAAAAGAAUUACAAGUACAACUUGGAAUUAAUAUGACAGUAUCAGGAUCUAAACCAACUAAAAAAGAAGCAGCAGCAGCAGCAGCCGCAUCAAAUGGUAAAAAAGGUAAAACAAGUAAAAAAGCAAUCGUAGAAGAUGAAGAAGAUGAUGAUGAAUAA